GCGCAGGAAGUACGAUCCCGCUCGGGCCGCUCACCGUCCCCAGGGUUCGCCGGAACCCGCAGGGUUAACAGGGGCUAGUGGGUCCCGGGCGCGAGGAGAGGCCGUCCGACCCCGGAGGGUCUCCACGCAGCACGCGGGCGGGUCUGCGCCAGCGGCCCGGAGCCCCGCCAGAGAACCGGACGCGCCGGGGUUAAUCCCACGGGCCCAGGAGGGGGGGCAGGCCCCGAACCCCAGAUCGGAGGGCAGAAGGGUCCUGAGCAGAAGCAAGAGUGCCUCGCUUCCGAUGCCGUUCCCCUCGAGCUGCGUGAGCGCCGGCCGGGCCUCUGCCGCAGACAUGGAGAAACUCAGUGCGCUGCAGGAACAGAAGGGCGAGCUGCGCAAGCGCCUGUCCUACACCACGCACAAGUUGGAGAAGCUGGAGACGGAGUUUGACUCCACCCGCCACUAUCUGGAGAUUGAGCUGAGGCGCGCACAGGAGGAGCUGGACAAGGUCACCGAGAAACUGCGCAGGAUUCAGAGCAACUACAUGGCACUCCAGAGGAUCAACCAAGAGCUGGAAGACAAGCUGUACCGGAUGGGCCAGCACUAUGAGGAAGAGAAGCGUGCCAUGAGCCACGAGAUUGUCGCCCUCAACAGCCACCUGCUGGAGGCUAAGGUGACCAUUGACAAGCUGUCAGAAGACAACGAGCUCUAUAGGAAGGACUGCAAUCUAGCGGCCCAGCUGCUGCAGUGCAGCCAGACCUACGGCAGGGUCCAUAAGGUGUCCGAGGUAACGUGGCCCCGCCCCACAGCCAGGCCCGCCCCGUCCCAGGACCACCCGGCUCCUUUUGGGCCACCCCACCCCGAAGCCUCUCCCCACCCUCCAGGAAGAAGCUACCCGCUGCCCUCGGACUUCCAGCAGCGUGUGAGCCUGCAUAUGGAGAAGCAUGGCUGCAGCCUGCCGUCCCCACUGUGCCAUCCGUCCUACGCCGACAGCGUGCCCACCUGCGUCAUCGCCAAGGUGCUGGAGAAGCCCGACCCUGGCAGCCUGUCCUCGCGCAUGUCGGAUGCCUCGGCCCGCGACCUGGCCUACCGCGACGGAGUGGAGAACCCGGGCCCGCGACCCCCGUACAAGGGAGACAUCUACUGCAGCGACACGGCUCUCUACUGCCCUGACGAGCGAGAUCACGACCGGCGGCCCAGCGUGGACACGCCGGUGACCGACGUGGGCUUCCUGCGUGCGCAGAAUUCCACCGACAGCCUGGCGGAAGAGGAGGAGGCCGAGGCGGCGGCCUUCCCGGAGGCCUACCGUCGCGAGGCCUUCCAGGGCUACGCGGCCUCGCUGCCCACGUCCAGCUCCUACUCCAGCUUCAGCGCCACGUCCGAGGAGAAGGAGCACGCGCAGGCCAGCACGCUGACCGCCUCGCAGCAGGCCAUCUACCUGAACAGCCGCGAAGAGCUCUUCAGCCGCAAGCCGCCCUCCGCCACCUACGGCAGCAGCCCUCGCUACGCCAAGGCCGCGGCCACCCUGGGCUCCCCGCUCGAGGCCCAGGUAGCCCCAGGCUUCGCUCGGACUGUGUCUCCGUACCCGGCCGAGCCCUACCGCUAUCCGGCCUCCCAGCAGGCUCUCAUGCCUCCCAACCUGUGGAGCCUGCGGGCCAAGCCGAGCGGUAACCGGCUUGCCGCCCGGGAGGACAUUCGAGGCCAGUGGCGGCCCCUGAGCGUGGAGGAUGUGGGCGCCUACUCUUACCAGGCCGGCGCUGCAGGCCGCGCCGCCUCGCCCUGCAACUUCUCAGAACGUUUCUACGGCGGCGGUGGCGGCGGCGGCAGCCCGGGCAAGAAUGCCGAGGGCCGUGCCAGCCCCCUCUAUGCCAGCUACAAAGCCGAUAGUUUCUCGGAGGGCGAUGACCUCUCCCAGGGUCAUCUGGCCGAGCCCUGCUUCCUCCGAGCGGGUGGUGAUCUGAGCCUCAGCCCCAGCCGUUCAGCUGAUCCUCUCCCUGGCUAUGCCACCAGUGACGGGGAUGGGGAUAGGCUCGGGGUGCAGCUGUGUGGGCCUGGCAGUAGCCCGGAGCCCGAGCACGGCUCCCGGGAUUCCCUGGAGCCUAGCUCCAUGGAGGCCUCUCCCGAAAUGCACCCUCCAACCCGCCUCAGCCCCCAGCAGGCCUUCCCAAGGACUGGAGGCUCUGGGCUGAGCCGCAAGGACAGUCUCACUAAGGCCCAGCUCUACGGAACCCUGCUCAACUGACUGCCAUCAGCAGGCUGCAGUCAGGGGCUCCCUACCACCCUGCCCCAUAUAGGGAGUAGCUAACCCCCUCGUCCCAACCCCUGCUAAGGAACUCCAGUUCCAGUUCCAGUUCCUGUUCCAGUUCCAGUUCCUGUUCCAGUUCCUGUUCCAGUUCCAGUUCCCGUUCCUGUUCCAGUUCCUGUUCCAGUUCCAGUUCCCGUUCCAGUUCCCGUUCCUGUUCCAGUUCCCGUUCCAGUUCCUGUUCCAGUUCCAGUUCCUCCUGACCCUGUUACUAACACCCCAGUAGAACCUGAAAAGACCCCCUCUGCCAAUCGUCUUGUCCACCCCAGCCUCUGCUGCAAACCCUACCCAGAAUAUUUCCGCUCUGCACCCUUCCCUGAAGUGAGCAUCCCCUGUUUUAUAAGUGAAGCUAUUUUUUUAGGGAAAAAGAGCGUUUGUUCACGCACUUGCUGCCAACUUCUGGAUGGCAGCCUUGGCGUACCCCACACGAAGUUCCUUCAUUUCCAGUGAGGGUGCUUGGGGCCUGCCCCAGGGAAGGGGAGGCUGGGGCCCUAGAGGGACCAGUCUCCACAAGUAGGGAGAAGCCAGCAACAAGGGAAUUCUGAAGUUCUGAACACUGAGGAGGGGAACCAAAGCCACUUAGGGCGCAGAAAAUGUCUUAUGCUCGCUCCCGUGUCACAGUGCAGCCAGCACUCCGCCCUGAUCCACCCUGAGCUCUUCCGUGGCCCGGCCUGUGGGCCCAAGAGGGGCCAGGGACACCCCCAGAACAGCCGGUGCUCGUUCCUCCCCUCCCCCUCCCAACACCACCCGACUCUACCUCAGACAUGAGGCUCCUCCCACCCUUGUGCACCUGUCGUCUGUGAUGCAUGCCGUCCGUUAGAACUGUAUUUCACAUUCCUUAAUAAAGGACAGCAGUGGAAAGA